AUGCUGUUCCCCAAAUUUGCUGCUGUUUUCGCAGCUUUUGCCGCUGCUGGCGCGAGCGCCCAAAAAUGCAAAUGCAAAUCGAACCCUUGCACUACCAAUCUCGUUAAAAACGGCGAUUUUGAUGACCCUUUAGAUGGCUCCCCAUGGGUUUUUAAGAAUAUGGAGAUCACCGAAAUCAAACCAAGGAGUUCUCCCCAAGCAGCUUUGGCCUCAAUCAAAAACGACAUCGAGAUACAUUCUAUUGAACAACCCAUCACCUUGAUUGAAGGAAAGAAAUACGCGCUCCGGUAUUACUACGCAAUUAUAUCAGGCACAGUUCCUACCGCCGCUGAAUGCGGAAUCAUUGCCCAGGUUGACAACAGUAUUGUAGACGUGAAUCCUCUGAUCACUACUCAACUGGGGAAGUAUAUUCUGCAUGAAUGGACUUUCACUGCGGCCGCAACUAGCGAACUUAAGAUCACGGUGGAAUGCACAAAAGCGGGCGCCACUGUUGACGUCAACCUGGAUGAUAUAUCCAUCUAUCCGUCCUCCUGCCUAAUCGUUGAAUAA